AUGGGAAAGUUAAAAAACGUUACUUUUAAAGAUACGUAUUCAUCGGAUUUUAAGGUCAAUCCUGAUGAACUAUACGACUCAGUUAAGGAAAUAAAGGAUAAAUGGAAGAUUCUCCCUUAUUAUUUGGGAAUGAGAGGAAUAGCGCGCCAACACAUCAAUUCCUACGACAAUUUUGUUCUCAGGGAGAUAAAGGAUAUCAUGAGAGCGCCGAGCAACAAAGUGAUAAGGACGGAAUUGGAUCCGAAUUUCUUCAUAGAAUUUGUGGACAUCAGAGUGGGUCGUCCGUGUAUAGAGGAGAACAUGAUUCCGAUCAUGUUGACGCCUCAGAUGUGUAGGAUCAGGGACCUGACUUACAGCGCCCCAAUAUACGUCGAUGUGGACUACGUAAGGGGCCAGGAAUAUAUAAGGAAGAAUAAUUUGGAGAUAGGAAGGAUCCCAGUGAUGCUUCGAAGCUGUAUUUGUGCGCUUUCGGAGAACGUGAGCCUGAAAUCACUGAAGGAGUGCCCGUACGACCCGGGAGGCUACUUCAUAAUCAAGGGAGUCGAGAAGGUCAUUUUGAUGCAGGAGCAGCUUUCGAAGAGCAGAAUCAUAGUGGAGAUGGACAACAAGAAGAACAUAUGCGCAACGGUGACGUCAGCGACGGCGGAGUCGAAGAGCAGGACGGCAGUGACGUAUAAAAACUCGCAACUAUACGUGAAGCACAACAGUCUGACUGACGACGUGCCAUUGUGCAUUAUCCUGAAGGCAAUGGGCGUGGAAACUGAUCAGGAGAUAGCGCAGCUGAUAUCGAACUCGUCAGAAAAUAACCCGAACAGGGAUGAAACCAUGUCAGGCACGCAGAACUACAAUAACACGGACGACUACGUCAUCUUCCUGAACGACCUGUACAAGGAGAACAUCAACAGCAGGCUGGACGCAAUACUGUUCACAGGAAAGAAGAUAAGGCCGAGGAUAAUCGCAAAGGGCUUCUACACGAGCAACAAGGAGAGGCCGCCGAAGACGACGCAAAUGAUGAUCGAGGAAACGCACGACCUGCUCUGCAGAGUGCUGCUGAGCCACAUUCCGAUGAGGGACUCGACGGACUUCUCAGGAAAAAUAAAGACGCUCUCGCUGAUGGCGCACAGAGUGCUGAACGUGGUGAACAACGUGGAGCCGCUGGACGACAAGGACCACUACGGAAACAAGAGGCUGGAGCUGGCAGGGCAGAUGAUCUCGAUCCUGUUCGAGGACCUCUACAAAAAGUUCCUCUUCCACCUGAAGAAGCAGAUUGAGCAGACGCUGGAGAGGUACAUAGCCUCGAAGACAAACUCGCACAGAGACUCUGCAAUCCCGUACCCGGACAUACUGAGGAACCUGCCGACGGACAUACUUACCAGAGGAAUGACGACGGCAAUCAGCACAGGCAACUGGAACAUCAAGAGGUUCCGAAUGGAGAGGAGCGGAGUGUCGCAAGUGCUGUCGCGGCUGUCUUACAUAUCGUCAAUAGGCAUGAUGACGAGGACUAAUUCGCAGUUCGAAAAAGGAAGGAAGGUGAGCGGGCCGAGAGCACUUCAGCCGAGCCAGUUCGGACUAAUAUGCCCCUGCGACACGCCGGAGGGCGAGUCGUGCGGACUGGUGAAGAACCUGAGCCUGAUGACGCACGUCACCUCAGACGUACCCUCGUCGAUACUGGAAACGCUGCUGUUCACGCUCGGAGUGGAGCCGAUAGACACUGUGUCGAGCUACGACCUGUUCCACUCGCUGAACACAGGAACGGAAGAAGCAAAGGACGAAGAUUUUAGGCUGGUCCUGCUGAACGGAGUCCUGCUGGGAGUACACAAGAAAGUUAAGUUGCUGGUGGACGGAAUAAUAAAGCUGCGAAGGAAGGGGCUCAUCAACAUGUUCGUGUCGGUGUACGAAAACUACCAGCAGAAGCAAAUACACGUGUCCUCGGACGGAGGGAGGCUGUGCAGACCGCUAAUCGUGGUGCAGAACGGAAAGCCGAAGCUGACGGACGAAAUACUGCAGAAGCUAUUGCUGAAUAAAAUCAACAUCGACUACCUGUUCAACAACGGUAUCCUGGAGUGGAUAGACGUGAACGAGGAGAACAAUUUGCUCAUAGUGAUGAGGGAAAAGGACAUAAACCACAUGACGACGCACCUCGAAAUAAGUCCGAUGAGCAUACUGGGGGUGGUGGCCGGGCUGAUUCCGUUCCCGAACCACAACCAGAGUCCGAGGAACACGUACCAGUGCGCAAUGGGAAAGCAGAGCAUCGGCUCGAUCGGAUACAACCAGCUGCACAGGUGCGACACAAUAGUGCACCUGAUGAACUACACGCAGGUGCCGCUGGUCACCACGAAGACGAUACAGCUGGUCAACUUCGACAAGCUGCCGGCAGGACAGAACGCCAUAGUGGCGGUGAUGAGCUACCAGGGCUACGAAAUAGAGGACGCAAUCAUCCUCAAUAGAGCAUCGAUAGACAGAGGCUUCUCAAGGUGCUUCACGCUCAAGAACAUCUCCUGCGAAAUCACAAACGCAACGCCGAACGACUCGAGCGGGUACCACAACAGCGGCAGAGAGGGGUUCAAGGACAAGGACCCGAACGCCAACAAGGAGUACGUUAUAGGAGUGGGAGAACGGGUGUUGCCGGGACAGGUGUUGAUCUCGACCAGGGACAACAGAGACUUCGCAGCCUCCUACGGGAACGUUAACGCGGACAAGUACGACAAGUCGAGCGCGGGAGGCAAGGAGGACCGAGCGAAGUACAUGUCCUUCAAGUACAACCUGAACGCGAGCGGGCACAUAGACAGGAUAAUACUGACGGAAAGCUCAAACGGGAACAGGCUGUACAAGGUGAUCGUGAGGCAGAGCAGGCCGCCUGAAAUCGGAGACAAGUUCAGCAGCAGGCACGGCCAGAAGGGGGUGGUGGGCCUUAUCGCGGAGCCGGAGGACAUGCCCUUCACGGAGUCGGGCAUGGUGCCGGACCUGGUGAUGAACCCGCACGGCUUCCCCUCGAGAAUGACGGUGGGAAAGCUGCUGGAGCUGGUGGCCUCGAAGUCCUCAGUGCUCUCGGGCCGCUUCGUGGACUCGACGCCAUUCUCAAACAGCUACUCGAACAACCAUCAGGGAGGAGGCGGCGAUGAAGGCACGGAUUCGGGGGGAUACGAAAACCUGGGAAACGACGCCCAGGACAACAUAAACGAGAUUUGCAACAUACUCAUCAAGAAGGGGUUCCACCCGAAGGGGAAGGAGGUGCUGUACUCAGGCAUCACGGGAAACUUGAUUAACACGCUGAUCUUCUUCGGGCCGAUCUACUACCAGAGGCUGAAGCACAUGGUCAUGGACAAGAUUCACGCGCGCUCCCGCGGGCCGCGCCAGAUGCUGACGAGGCAGCCCACGGAGGGGCGCUCGAAGGACGGGGGGCUGCGUCUGGGCGAGAUGGAGCGCGACUGCCUCAUCGCCUACGGCGCCUCGAACCUGCUGAUCGAGCGGCUCAUGCUCUCCUCGGACGUGUACAACAUCCAGGUGUGCAACUGCUGCGGCUUCAUGGGCUACAACAACUAUUGCAAGUUCUGCCGGAACCGCUCUCUCGUCCAGGUGACCAUUCCCUACGCCUGCAAGCUGCUCUUCCAGGAGCUGCAGGCCAUGAACAUAAAGCCGAGCCUGAUCGUCAGGAACAGCUAA